AUGUCGCGGUUGUCAGAAGAGAGAACCCUUGUCGACAGCUUUGAGACUUUGGUCCGUAUCCCUUCACCAGAAAUCUCGGAGCAUCCGGCGAUCUCUGGCAGUGCCAAUGCGAAGCCAUCUGUUGCUGAUGACCGGCCGAACUUGAUCACAACAUCUUCACCAGUUCAAAUUCGCAGCUGGGCAGAGGAUCGAGCGAGGAUCGAUGCGGAAUUCAGACGACGACCCGGCUUCGACCCUUACCGCAACUACGAUCGUGUUCGUAGUGAUUUCAUCCUGGCCCCAGUUGAAGGAAGGAAUGCUUUUGCGGCAAGUGCAAUCAAUCUCGGCAUGAAUAACUCUUUCAGAUCCCGCCCACUGGUCACUGAACCUCCAAAGAGUCCCUUCAUUGCCACCCCAAAAGGAAUAAUACGUCGAACAAAACGCAAGAGUGAUGAAGCGGACAAGACUCUUUUGAACACGAGAGCCAGCAUCUCCCAACUCAACAUUGAUCGCAAAGAUUGGGCUGACACCGAAUCGACUGCCGACCGCAACUCAUCUUCACUCUUUCGACCCAAAACUCCCAGCAACAGUUUCAAAACCACGACCACUCCAGUCUCAGAGACAUUCGACACCAAGAAAUCAAGCCUACGCAAGGUGUCUGAUUUGUUCAAACCGAAGUCGGGAAAAAGCCUUGAUACCUCGUCUCCAUCUGGCCCUACUAGCAGCCCUGAAGAGAACAUUGUCAACCAGCCUGCGCAUCGACUCAAUACGGAAAAGCACCUCCGCACCACACUGAAUUGCCCGACCUACGACUAUUCCGAGUCAGACCCAUUGCCACGUCAUCCGAACACUGCACGAGGCUGGAAAUCUCGCAACUUGAAAUGCACCACUUGUCAGGAUGCAUGCUGCGCUCUCUGCGGGCGAGCUUGCUGUGCUUACAAGACUGCGUACUUGGCUACCAAGACACACAAAGACAACCCAGAGUCGUUGGCCCGCGCUCAAGAGAUAUUAGGCAACAUCAGCAUACUUUUCCCAUACGGACAAGAGGCUCCAACCUUCUUGCAAUGCAGCAACGGUGCCCCAGAUGAUGAAUUUGGAUGUGGAAAGAUGGUCUGUCCUGAUUGCUGCGGCCAGUGCCCAAAUCCUUGCUGCGCUGAUAUCCAGUGCAAGAGAUGUAAGAAGCAUCCAUUUCUUGACUGCGUUUGGCAUGAUGAGAAUGUGGCCUCACUCUCUUUCGAGUGA